AUGACAGCAGACGCUGCUUGCACUUCUGUUCUUGUCGCUGUUUGCACGUCUGCUGUUGUCGCUGCUCCCACGUCUGCUGUUGUCGCUGCUCACACGUCUGCUGUCGUCGCUGCUCCCACGUCUGCUGUCGUCGCUGCUCACACGUCUGCUCUAGUCACUGCUCACACGUCUGCUGUCAUCGCUGCUCACACGUCUGCUGUCAUCGCUGCUCACACGUCUGCUAUCAUCGCUGCUCACACGUCUGCUGUCAUCGCUGCUCGCCCGUCUGCUCUAGUCACUGCUCACAUGUCUGCUGUCAUCGCCGCUCGCCCGUCUGCUCUAGUCACUGCUCACACGUCUGCUGUCAUCGCUGCUCACACGUCUGCUCUAGUCACUGCUCAAAUGUCUGCUGUCAUCGCUGCUCGCCCCUCUGCUCUAGUCAUGCUCACGCGUCUGCUGUCAUCGCUGCUCGCCCGUCUGCUCUAG